GGUGCUUCUCUGCGCACACACUCGGGGCCACAACUGGUCUACUUCGCUCUUUCUUUCAUAUUUUUAUAACUUAUCUUCGAGGCACGAAAGAAACAACGAAGGAGCGGUAAAGGGGAAAGAAGGGAAGAUGAGUUGGUGCACCGCGGCUGAGGUGGCGGAGCUGAUCUCCGUUGCCCGACUCCGCGGCGACGUCGACGCUGCCACACGCAAGGCAGCCGACCUGCGCUUCAUCGACAUCUGCACCACUGCCAUUAAUGCAGGUGACGUUUUGAUGCAGAUUGCGACGGAGACGACGGCGGCGCCGGGGCUGCGUCUGAAUGCCAUUUUGGCUGCGCAGCCCCUCAUCACGACGGAAGGGUGGAACGAGGGGGGCCGAUUCAGCGACCGCGGCGCUGUCACGCGCCUGCUGCUGCGAUGGACAGCAGAUCCGUCGCUUUGCGGAAACGCGCAGGUGAGUACGGAGCUGCUGCGCAGCCAGGCGCUGAUCGCGUCGUUAGAGUUUCCCACUGAGCAGUGGCAGCAAUGGAUUCAAGAGUGCGCGUACGCGUUGGUCGCCGGCGACCUCGCCAGCGCGGCGAAGCUGCACGCGGUGGUGAACGAGAGCUAUCGCAACUACGCCCUUUGGAGCUUUCUCGCAAAUGAUUUUACAGGCUUCGUAAUGCAGGCGCAGUUAACGGCGCUGCCACAGCGCACGAUGGUGAUGGGCACGUUCCUGGAGCUGAUGCGCAAACGACCGCGGCCCUCCGCUGAGCACGAAAUUGCAUCCACCAGCAACUGUGUCUUGCUCUCUGCCGAGAUGCGGCACUUCGUGAUGGGGAACCUUCUCGCCUGUGUAGAAGACACCCGUCUCGCCGGUGCUGCGGCAGUCGCAGGUGGAUUUGUGGGGUACUGCACCAUCGUCUUUGCCGUUGCCUCGCGGCUCGUCGUGGACGUGGAGUCGGCCGUAAACGUCUUUCGUUGCAGCUCCUUCUUUCUGGGUCAGCUGCAGGCCAGUGCCGCACCAGCGGAGAGGAGCGACGGGCGGAACGCAUUCACGGAGCAGCUCAUGGAGUGCUUGCUGAGCACGCUGCAGUUGUUCCCCGAGGUGGCCAGCAACGACGUGCAGGCAGAGGAGCUUCUCGCGUGUCUUAUGCACUUUAUGAUUCCUGCCGCUGAGGUUGAAGGCGCGGAUGCCGCGCAAAUCUCGACGGAGCUGUUGGAAUUCUUCAUGGACGACGAGGCGGUGCCCCUCGGCUGCGGAAGCGGUGAUGUAGCCCACCUGGCCGGUGCGGUGUUGGAGCUGUACCUCGAACACAACGUCGAUCAGAGGCCCGCCGCUAUUGCGACACUCAACGCCAUUCUGCGCAGCACCCCCAACAUCCAUGGCGCUUUGGCCGACGCGGUAGCGCUGGCGCUACGUUCGGUGAGUCGUGUAUACGAGGCGGCGGGGGCGGUGGUGGUAGACGCGCUCGACACCCCGACGCAGGCGGAGCUGCUCACGCAGGUUUCACAGCUUCUCCUGCGCGCUGCUGGCCCACACGCGCAUGUUAUGCUGAUGGACGCCUUGACGCACUGCUUUUACGGCUCGCACAAUGAAGACCUGUGUUGCCAGCUCGUGCAGCUUCUUCAGCGGCUACACACCGCAGCGACGGCGGCGAUGCCAUCGGAGGAGUGCGCGGUGUGCGUGCGGUGCACGUGCAUCUACGAAGCUGGGCGCCUCGUGGAAGAAGCACGCACACGACCGUGGUGCAAGGCUCUGUUGAGUCCGGCAUGGGUACGACUGACGGUGGAGCAACUUGCAGUAGGGGACACCUUCGGUGUCUUCUGUGCCGCGUCGACGCUCUGCACGUUGCUGUACGUCACGCCAGACUGCGCGCUGUACCUGUGCGAGAGCGGCGCCGCGUGGGUGCAUGGCCUACGCCAGCUCUGUCGGCACGCCACGCUGCGUGGUGUAGCCGUCUUGAUCACCCUCGCGCUGAGGCACAUCGCAGGUAUUUCGGCGGUUGCCACACCGUCGUCGGCGCACUCAUGCCUCUUAGUAGCGACGUCGUGCAGCACUGUAAUGGCGUUCUGUCAGCUCCCUUCCCCGUCCCGUCACCUCGUCCUUCGUUCGGUGGUGGACUUCGUCGUUGCGCACAUGCGUGUGUACUUGCGCGGAGACGGUUGUGCGAACUGUGCGGAGCACCUUGCUGGUCUCACCGCACCGCUGUUCACGGAGGCGUUCUCGGCUGAGUUGUCGCAGGAUGAACCAAGCUGCCGCAGCUUUACCGCCUGCGCUACCCUCCUCUACGUUGCCUUCGGCGCCGUGCAACCUGCAAUGGCAACUGCCGCUCCUGCGGCGCUGCUUCGCGUACUGCAACACGCCGUGGCUCAGACGUAUGCCUCGCAGACGAUCUCCUGCGUAUGCGGCCACCUCGCACUUGUGUUGGUUCUGCAGCCAGACCUCGUAGAGGAGGUGGCAGCACACGUCCUGCGCGUCCUCUUCACCUCCAAUGUGGACUUGGUGGAGGGGCGUAAGGGAGCGAACUACAGUGGGGCGGCGUUCCUCCUUUCGCUGUUUUUUCUGCGUUGUCCGCAGUGCCUUCUCCACGCGGCCGGUGCUACCCGGCCGGCACCGCCCGAUGAUUUUCCGUUGGUGGUGCAGCGCGGUUUCGGGUGGUGGCUGAAUAUGGCGCCUUUCAUGGACGUGGUUCAGCUGCCGUACUUUGCCGCCGCGUGCUGCCGCAUCGCGAGCGCGGUCGUCGCUGCACCGGUGGGAACGGGCGUUUCCACCGGGCGACUUGCAUCGUGUCGCCAAUUCAUUCUCCCUUCUGUCCACGUGAAGAAGCUGCCGCUGCGGCCCUUCACAAACCUCUCCGUGCUGCAGCAUCUGUGCGUGGCGUGGGUGGAUCUGGAGCGGCGCUACAGCAGCACCAGCAAGCCACAGCUGCUGGACCAGGGUCUGCAGCCGUACGUCUCAGGAGUCGAUCGACACUACACAUCUCUUUGCGGUGUCCCGUUCACGGGGAGUGCAGCGGCCGCGGUGCUGAAGACGGCCCCGGCGGAGACGAUUGCUGCGUUUGUUGACUACUUGAGUCAGCAGGACGGCGGUGCAGCGAUAAACACCGCGCGACGGCUCCUCAGUGAGCUCGUACGAUAA